AGCCUACGCCACGCCUAACUAUAACAAAUUGCCUCCUUUCCUAAAGCUUCACCUUCAAAUAAACACAGAAAAGAUGAAUCCUGCACAAUGUCCAGGAACUUGAGAUUUCAGAACAGCCAUUUCCUCGAGCAAUGGAGAAUAUGCUAAAGCAAGUCAGGGUGAGAUUUUCUGGACAGGAAAAACCAGAAGAGCCUCGAAGUGCCAGACAAAGAAGAAUUCCAUCCCUCAAGACUUCAUCCUUUAAAGACGAUACUCAAAACAAGAGACCUCAGAACUGGUUCCGGAGACAAUUUUCUGGACAAACGAACCAAGAUUAUGAUUCCAAUAGAACAGAGCAGGAAGUUGCUGUGGCAGCGGCGGCUUAUGCCAUAACAUCGUUGAACGCAUCGAGCAUCCCGGAACAGAAAAAGAUCAGCAAGGGACCUGAGACUUCAAUGACCCAGGCUGACAGAAAAAGGGAAGGAUUGGCAGGUUUAAUCUCAGAAUCUGGCAGGAUAUCUAAACAAUUUUCAGGUAAAGGUUCGAAAAGCCAAGAUAGGGAGGUGCCAGAAACAGCUACCAAAGAAAAAACAACUAGCGAGGUUGCCGCUGCUGCCCCAUGGGUUAAAAGGACCUUAACACCUACUGACAAGCCUGCUGCUCCAUCAAUGAAGAAAAUCCCAACCUCCAUUGAAAGUGCGGAGCCUAUGACUGACGUGCUUCCUAUAAAACCAAAAAUUACAGUACCAAAGCCUGAACUGCCUCCCACAAGCAAGCCUGCAAUCCCACCGACAAGACCUGCAAUAGAAGACGGGGCUGAUGCAGAUGCUUGGGAGAGAGCUGAAUUGUCUAAGAUCCAAAAGAGGUACGAGCAGAUGAAUGCCACAAUACUUUCCUGGGAGAACAAGAAGAAAGAAAAGGCCAAAAAAAGACUUCGAAAAACAGAGAGUGACCUGGAGCGAAUACGGUCAAGAGCCUUGAAACAAUUUCAUGAUGAUAUUGUUGAUAUUGAUCAGAUUGCAGGAGGAGCAAAAGCAAAGGCAGCAGAAAGGCAAAGAAAUGAAGAGUUCAAGGCAAAAGAAAAGGCAAAUACAAUCAGAAAAACAGGAAAGCUUCCUCGGACAUGUUUCUGCUUUUAAAUCCACCAGUUAUAAAAAGUUACCUGUUCCAGAAAAGAGCACCAAUCUUCUGCUGCUACAAAAUGUAUACGAACAAAUUCACAAGGAUAUGUGCAGACUAAUACUGCUGGUAUUAUAGUGAUCAAUAGAGCACUGUUCUUUCUUUUA